AUGUUUUCCGCGAAUUACAAAGUCCGGGCGCAGCUCGGGGCCACCUCGACCGCCACUUGGAACGGCGCGAUCGCGAUCGUUUUUUGCCAAAAAUCGCAAUCCAAAUUCCCGCCAAACCCUGUAUCCGUGGGAAAGAGCUCACAAAUAUUUUCCCACGUUUCGGUAAGUUGCCUUUUGGAGUACGAUCGCGGGAGCAUCCGUAUUGGUGACUUCGUUGGACUCGGUAAGUGACUUAUUUUUGCUCUUAUGGUUUAGACCGACAGUUGGAAAAAAUAUUAUACUUGGCGUCAUGAACAGGGUCAAAAUUAUGAGCAUUUCUAGUUUUCGAGAAGGAAAUCUGGUAUCAGCAGCAAGAGUACGAUGUAAUAUUGCUUUUUAUGAAUUUAUAAAGUAUUAUCAGCAGUUUUAGCGUUACUUUGCGACAUUAUAGUGGGUAAAAAUUGCUGAAAAAUCUAGAGAAUAAAAGGCUUGAAAAUGGAUUUUUUGAGAGCAAUUGCAACUAUUAGAUUCCAAAAACACAAAUUAUCCACCGAGAGUACAGUAAAGUUUAUCUGGAAUCACCUCGGCCGUUAAUAUUUGGUGUACUAUGCGAAGAAGGGGUCAGGUUGUCGGGAACAUUGUGCAAAGCUACGUCUCUUUCGUGUAACAAAUUCGAAGCUCGAGCGUUGAUUUCGUAGUUGGCGAUGGCUCGGCGGACGGCGCGUCGAUAUUCAUUGGGACUCAAACGGUACAUCCACGUCAACUCAUUCAAAAAAAAAUGAAAACGAAAUUUUGUCCGAAAUUUUAUCACCAUAAUUGGUUGGCAAUGCAAAUUAGCCAACUCGAAAACAAAUUCAAAGUGCGUCGUUUCAGGGCAUUCGGGUUAUUCGUUGGAUUUGUUGAGUGUUUGGGCAGUCUCUUCAACGUUCUCAGCUUUCGGACCAGAUUAUCAACAUGUUCAGCGGCAAGUCGGCGUUCAAACGGGCCGAGCCCUACAAGGAGCAGCUGAUGGGAGCGUUCGGAGAUUGUGGAAACAGUCUUAUGUGAGUUUUCAGAGGUCUUUUACAUUAAACUGCAUUUGAUAGCAUGUAUAAUAUAAUUUGAGUUUAUGACGUCUCUCUGCGUAAAUUGUGUUUCAAAAUACGGUACGUUUAUAGCAGGAGUAAAGAGAAGGCACCAAUUUUGCCACGUUUUCAAUUCUUGCUAUCUAGAACAUAGGGCGCAGCUUGCCAACAAAUGAAUUCUUUCUUUUCUUACUUUCUCGCAAGAAGUUUGCAAUUUUAUGCAACUGUAACAUAAAGUACACUCUUUUCAGCAACUUCGAAAAGUUUGACAUCUACACGUCGCCUUACCAAGUCGCGGUCAGCCCCUCAAGCUCUCCUGUUUCAUCUCCAUCGUCCGGAAACUCAAAUUCUGCUUCAGAACCGAAAGCAAACGGGCUAGACAUCUGGGACAACCUUAUCUUUAACCAGUCUCCAAAUUCGCAAUUGAGAUUCUCCAAGCAUCUCAUCGAAUUUCCCGUCCAAGAUAUUCGCCAUGGGCAUUCGGAGGAGUCGAUUUAUAGUCGCAAGGUUUUUGUUGGUGGGCUUCCAAUGGAAUGCACGACUGGAAAUCUGCUGCAGACGUUUGCCCAGUUUGGCCCAGUCGAAGUUAGUUGGCCAACUGAGAAAGGCGGUAAGAUUCUUUAUUUUUAUUGAUUUUUAGGUAAUGAGUUGGAUCAUUGAUGCGUCAGUGUUGUGUAACAGUGUAGCAUAGAGAAGAUGCGGCUCAUAGAGGUACUCUGGCAACUCUUUAUGCUGCUGUCAAUUGUUCCGGUUGAUUUUUUGAGGAAAUGUGACAGAGGUACCUCGGGGGCCAGUACAACAUAAAUUCACGGUUUUUUUUGCAAAUAUUAGCAGAAUUUUACCUCUAUGAGCUGUAAUGCGAGUAUAGAGGGUAGCUCUCUGACUUUGAAGUCCAGCUGACCUUAUUUUUGCACUCUGCUUAUCGAUUUUACUUGUUUUCGAUUGUUUUUUAAUUUUGUAAAAUUUCAGGCGCAAAUCGUCACACGCAUGGGUAUGCUUUCUUGAUCUAUCAAACCGAGGAGUCGGUUCAUCAAUUGAUCGGAAAUUGCCGCCCAAAUCACGACGGAUACUUCAUGUCCGUCAAGAUUCAUGGCCGAGCCUGUCAAGUUCAAGUCAGACCCUGGAACACAGCGGACACUGACUAUGUUCCUCAGCCGGAUUAUUGUGUAGACUAUCGUUUCACUGUUUUUUUGGGUGGCGUUCCCAGGACGAUCAGAGCUGGUGAGGUGUAGAUUUUUUUUGCAUUUUAGUGGACGAGCAGUUAGAAGACAGGAACCUGAAUAUUCUUGAGGAAACUAACCCAAUAUUCCUUGCAGUUGAUAUUGCCCAGGCCAUGUCACAGUUUGGCCAAGUUGCGUACGUUGGAAUCGAUGUGGAUCAAGAUUUCAAUUACCCAAAAGGCGCAGCUCGCGUAACUUUCGCGAACCCUCGUUCCUACACGCACGCCAUGGCCAUGAAGAUUGUGAACCUUGGAGUGAGAAACGAAGUCAAAUCCCUGGAAAUCAAGCCGUAUUUGAUAGAAGAUCAGACCUGCGAAGAGUGCUGUGGAUCCCAGCCAAUUUGCGUUCUGGCCAAAUAUUUUUGCUCCGAAGUGUCAUGUCUGAGCUACUAUUGUGAAGAUUGUUGGGCCGUGAUGCAUUUCGAGAAGAAGGUUGUCGAUCGCAGCCGUCAUAUGGCCUACAUCCGGGUCGGCGAACAAGUUAAGGUAGGUGUCAUGGGUAAUAUAUUAAAGUGUGAACUCAGUUGGCCUAGAUUAUGAUUAUGUAAUGUGAUUAAACUCCAUAAAGCGUAAUAAUCGUGAAAUUGUCUUAAAAUUUCUUGGAGUAGUUUAAAAAAGUUAUUUUGGGCACCAAAUGUCGGGUUUUUGAACAAAGUUUCCUUUUUUCAGUGCAUCCGUGUUCCCAAACCUGGCCAGUUCCACUCCCGCCACUCCCACCUACCAUAA